GAUUACGAAUGCAUAUUUUGUAUAAUUUUGAGGGAAGAGCAAUUCAGUGCGUUUUGUAGUCAGUGAUUGAGUAGACAGCGGGGCCAACGCAUCCCAGAAGACGACAGCUAAGGCAAUUUGACUUAUUUGGCUUCACCAAAAGCUCUCUUGCCGGCAUUCUUUUUUACACGUGUUACCAUAUUCUGGUUGAAAUAAAUUGAUUUUCAUUAGAUAUAUGUACAUACAUAUAUGCAUACAUAAUAUACAGUUACUCGGUGUAAAUUCUUUCGGAAAAUUCUUUAAAAGUCAACAAAAGUUAUAUAACAUCGAUGAUAUAGUGAUAAUAUAGUGUGUGAAUACGUGAAAACCGCAAACCGUAGUACAAAUAUGGCCAAAUCGAUGUUAUUGAUUUAUUUUUUGCUGGCUCUAGCGGGGUCUCCGACAAAAAUCGUUGCUGGCGCUCGCAUACUCGGCAUAUUUCCCCACUUUGGCUACAGUCAUUUUAAGGUAUUUUUCCCCCUAUUGCGCACAUUGGCGGAGCAUGGUCAUCAUGUCACCGUGGUCACACAUAUUCAAGCGCCCGCUAAUACCACCACCAACUAUGAAGAAUUAUUGUUAGGAGGUCAAAAAUCCACAAAUAUCCUGACUUUCGAUCAUGUACUACCGCGACGUCCGUUACACUAUCUUAUAUUGGAAGCAGAGAUUUUGCAUAAAGAGGGACAGAAAACCUGUGAACUUUUCUAUAAGAGCGGUCAUAUCGAAACGAUACUGAAAAAACACGAACAGGAACCAUUCGAUUUGGUUAUCACCGAGUACUUCAAUUCGGACUGCCAGUUGGGUAUACCAUAUCUGCUGGAAGUGCCGAUAGUGGGUUUAAGUAGUUGUUUACUAAUGCCUUAUUUCUACGAUCGUAUUGCCUUGCCUGAUUUCCCCUCUCACGUACAAUCUGAAUUUGUCGGCUUCCCGGAAGAGUUGAACUGGCAUGAACGUCUACUGAAUUUCGUGCAAGCGAAUGUAAUCAAGAAGCUUUAUCGUUACCGCACAAAUUAUUACGAUCGCAAAGUGAUCAACAAAUAUCUAAAUGUGGAUUUCGAUGUUGAUGAUUAUGCCAAGCGUAGCACCAGCUUAAUUUUGGUCAAUCAACAUUACACCCUACACGGUAAUAAACCGUUAACUUCGCAAUUAAUCGAAAUGGGUGGCAUACAUAUUGAUGAGACAGCACUAAAAGCGAAAUUACCAGAUGAAAUUGAGAAAUUCUUAAAAAAUUCACCUGCCGAAGGUGUGCUAUUCUUUAGCUGGGGUUCUUUGGUACGUUCGUCUAGCAUGCCCAGUGAGAAAGUGCAAACGAUAGUCAAAGUACUCGAACAACAGCCUUUCAAUGUAAUUUGGAAGUGGGAGACCGACGAAGUGCCAACGAAAAGUAAGAAGUUCCUCUUCGUCAAAUGGGCGCCACAAUUCAGUCUGAUCUGUCAUCCCAAGGUGAAACUAUUUUGGGGGCAUGGUGGCCUACUCGGCACCACUGAGAAUAUAUAUUGUGGCAAACCGUUAAUUGUCACACCGCUCUACGGCGAUCAAAGCGUCAACGCAUACGCGGUCCAAAACCGCGGCGUGGGCUCCAUACUAUUCUUCGACGAUAUUAAUGAAAAGAACUUAAUAGCGACGCUUAAAGAGAUGUGCCGCAAGAGUUAUGCUGAGAAUGCUGUCGUGCUGUCGCACUUAUUCCGCAAUCGAGACAUGAAACCGCUGGACAGAGCCGUGUGGUGGGUGGAAAAUUUGUUGCAGGAGAACGGCAAAGCUGCGCAUAAAUUGCUGCAGACAAAGGCGGUAAAGCUAAAUUGGUUCGUCUAUUACUCACUGGACAGUGUGUCGAUUAUUUUGUUCGGUUUGGCGUUGUUCAUCUUCAUUGCGCGCGCGAUUUUGCGACGCUUGUGUGGCCUUUUCAAAGGCGGCAAACAAACUGGCAAAGUGAAAACUAAAUAAUUGCACUAAAUAUAGAUAUUGCUGAAAAUAAAAUUUUUGUUUUAUAUUAAUGUA